UACAUUUCCCGCAGGAAAAGCUGGAAAAGGCACUCCUGAGCACCUUUUAACGCUUGCGUCAGUUUCCAUCAGCUGUUUGAUGUAUAAUCAGGCAAUUGGGGUCUGACGUGUCGCGAUCCGCGGGGGUGAUAUUUGCUUUCGGAUCGCGCUGGAGUGUGUUUGGGCUGUUCAGUUCUGUGAUGUGUUUGCAAAUUGGGUUCCCGGUUGCGGAAAGACAAAACUCGGGAUCGAAUUGGGAUGCGGCUGGCGACGAGGACUUUUAUUGUUUUCGUCGUGUUGAAAUCCAGUCUUCCGCCAAUUUCGACCAAAUUUGCGCAGGAAGAACUUUCGUUUGAUUCCUGCACGCCUCCGCAAUUGGCGCUAAAUGGAUCGGAAACGGAAGUAGGCGAGAACCGGAUCCGAAAGGACUACACGCACGUUCGAGAGGUAAAAUUCUCCGGAUCCAUAGGUCCUUUGGGCGAACAAAGACUUUGCAAAAUUAAAUGUAUCGCCGGCCAAUGGGUCGGACCUCUUUGCAUCGACCAGCAGGAUAAUGGUCGUUUUCAACCAUUGUUCAGGAACUGCAAACUUGAAUAUAUAAACCCCCAUCUCAUUGUCAAUUUUCGAAAUGUGACACUUCAUUCUCCUGGAUGGACCUUUCCCCAUGGAGCAAAACUGCACACCAGAUGUACGGAGUUAGGUCUAUACAAACUCCUGGGCACUGCCACUCCCCAAUGCCAAAACGGAGCCUGGUCGUCAAGACUGCCAUCUUGUGUACCCACCACGCUUUUGACGAAUUUCACAGAGGACUCGCCACCAACUAUACUCAUCAAAAUACCCUCCGGUUCAGCAUCUGUCGAACCAGGAGGAGAACUUGCGGUUUACCCAGGAACAACUCUUCAUUUCGAAUGUUUAUUCUCUAGAAGAAUCGGUUCUCCUGAUUGGACGUGGACUUCUCCGUUGGGUCAAUAUCUCACAGGAUGGGCAAUUGCUGCCGAAGAACGAGAUACAAAAUACAGACUGUCAAUUUAUUACGCCAAAUCCCAGGAUUCUGGUACAUUCACGUGUGCAACGCCAAGAGGAAUCACCAACAGCAUCACUCUCCAUGUUGCAGCAAUCUAUUGUGAGCCUGUGUCUGUCUCUGGAAUGCAUAUCAGUGUUAGCGUUGGUGGAACUCGUUUGGGAAACACAGCUAAAUUUCAAUGUCCGGUGGGCUUCAAAAUUUCCGGCGAGCCUACCCUGACUUGCCAGGCGUCUGGUAAAUGGUCUGCGCCCGUCCCAAAAUGCGAGUUGGUCAAAUGUCCUCCACUGGACUCCGCCGAAGGCCUAGAAGAACCCCAUUUACAGCUAGAAGAGCACAAUAAUAGCUACGGAGGAAGAUCGAUCUUCAGCUGUGCGUGGGGCUACAAGUUGUUGGGGCCCCCCGGAAUUGAAUGCGAGCUCUCCGGUAAUUGGUCGGGUCCACUGCCGAAGUGUGUUCCAAUCCAAUGUCAACCACCAGUGUUACCUUUGAACGGACAUUUGAUUCAGUCAGAAGCCCCAGGUAUGGACGGAGGUAGAUACGCUGUUGGAAGCCUAGUGCAGUUCGCUUGUACAGGGGCUCAUCAUCUGGAAGGGGAAGCUAGCAUAAUAUGCACCGAAACUGGAUUUUGGUCUCAUCCUCCGCCGUUUUGUAAACCAAGAUGUUCCUAUAUCGGAGAACCUGAAAAUGGUUUAAUUUCUCCGACAAAAUUCGCCUACGACCCAGGAGACGAACUGAAAAUAAUCUGCAAUCCUGGAUUUGAAACAACUGUCGAGUCCAACUUGAAGUGUUUACCGGACGGAAAAUGGUCGUCGGGCUUACCUGCUUGCACCAACAUAACUUAUAUAUAAAUAGAUUAUCACUCUCAGUUUUGCCAAAGCAGAGCCAAAGCAACAUCAACUACCGAAAAUACCAGAUGAUACAUAUAAACAACUGAAGAGUUCAGUGUAACACCGUAUUCAUUAAUUUGUCAACAAAAUUAAUAAUCAGUGGAAAACAUUAAAUUUCUAUAUUCAAGUAACACUUUAGUGUGGAGUUUUUACUGAACGGUUUACAAAUCUGUAACACGUGUUUCGUUAUAUAAUAGCUCCCAUUCAUACUAUUUCUAUGCUCAACUUUCUUCAGAUGGUUUAUGUUUCGGAAAAUUGUUACGACGUGAAGUUCAAAACGGAAACUGAAUUUUUACAUCUUACAUAUAGACAUCUACACAUUUCAUCCUUUUGACGUCUGUCAAAGGAAAUAUGUAUGUUUUUAACUAAGAUUUUUAUGAACGAGUUUAUUGGAUUUUGAAAAUGAAAAAUAGUUAUUUUUCGAAAUGUCAACCAUCUGAAGAAAGCUAAGUAUAGAAAUUUCAUUUUUCUAUUGAUUAUUCAAUAUGUAGGCAAAUAAAUACGGCAAGUUACUGAAUAAUUGGAAUCCAGUGGUUUAUAUUACGCAAUAACAUUUUCGCGGUGAACUUUUCAGUUUGCCCUUUUUUAUUACACUUCAGCAAAUUUUCUAGAUUUGAUCAGCCAAAUAAUAAUAAAAAACAUUGAUUCCUCAACAAAAAAUAUUUAUAAAAGAAUAAUAACUGUUUCAAUGCGUAGCACCCUACUUGUUUUCAUCCCCUUUUCGUUGUUUUUCUGGAAAACAAAAUUUUACUUUCAGAUGUUUCAUCCAACAUAAAAUUAAUUGUUACAGAAAACGUCAGUGGCGUACAUUUUAUGGUUAAUACCUAGUCAAUCAGUGAAAAUAGCCAAACUUCAUCAAGAUCAGAUGAGGGACAUUUAAAAUAGUAAUACAGAAAGGGGUUUUUUUAGAAAAGUACCGCAUCUUGGAAACAAUUUAUUUCCCAAGCUACGUUCAUAUGAAUGUUUUUCAAAAAAUCAGCUCCUGAACACGCCCUCACGUUUUAACCGCAAUUAGGAAACACAUUGUGUUUAUAUUAUACUAUAGAUAUAGAUGAAGAAAAUGUUCAUUUUGGAAAAAUGACAUUUGUCAAAUCAGUAAUUUUAUGACUAGAAAUUUAUCAUGAGAAAA